UGUAGUGAAUGGAUAACAGCAACACAAUCUAAUCCUUUAAAUUCCACAAUCCAAACUCUUUAAUCCACCAUGCAGGAAGUCAUGGAUUUUUUCUGGGUGUGAACAAUGAAUGUCAAAACCAACAUGGCCAUUUUUUGUUGAUGACGUUGUGCUAAAUGCUAAAGGCUAUUAUCCUGACCCCUUUGGCAUUGUUUGGUAAAUCAGUUCAGUCAUUCUUCUCCACAGUGCUGUGGUGGGUGAUCAGUAAACUGUUGGACUCCUCACUGAUGAAUCCUCCAUCUCAGUCGGACAGAAAAAAUACUGUGCCUGUGUGUCAAAGCCACCAUCCUACAUCUUCCAGGAUUCUUCACUAACACCAGGAUUCAACAUGAGCACACAUUUUGAAGUGAAGAACGUGGCUCUGCAAAAUGGAGAUCGGCUGAAAGUAAAGGGAGUGAUUUUGCCAGAUGCUCAGAGAUUCCAAAUCGACCUUGGCCGUGAUAAAGAUGACCUGGCACUGCACUUCAACCCUCGUUUCCAUGACGACAUUGACGGAGCUGUGCUUGUGUGCAACUCAAAGACUGCUGGUUGUUGGGGAGAUGAGAAACGGGAAGUAUACAACCCCCUAGAGAGAGGCACAGAUGUCAAGAUUGUAUUGAAACUGGAAGGAGACAUGUUUGAGGUGGAACUACCAGAUGGAUAUGAAGUCAACUUCCCUAAUCGUGUUGGCAUGGAUGUCAUCAACUUUGUCCGAGUCACCGGCGACUUCAAGCUGACGUCCUUCAAGAUCUGCUAAGAGAUACAGUUGCUCACACCUGUGUUUACUAGUUUGGUUUAAGGAUGACAAUUUAAGACUUGAUCACGUAUAAAAAAUAUCUUGCUAGUCAAGUGAUGUAGUCCCACAA